AGAUUCCCAAGUGACCAGCUCACCCAACACUCAGACUCCGCGCUACGAUCAGUCUUCCGCGCGGAACCAGAAUUGCAGAUAUGUGGAAGCCAACAUUACUGCUCGCGGCUGCGCUGGCGGUGCCGUCGCAAGCGCUGCACUUCUUCAUGGACGGAGCGGUCCAGAAGUGCUUCUACGAGGAAUUGCCCAAGGACACACUGGUUGUUGGCCACUACCACGCCGAAGCAUGGGACGACGCAACCAAGACCUACCAAACCAAGCCCGACGUCGGCGUCUUCGUCACCGUAGAAGAGACCUUCGACAACAACCACCGUAUCGUUGCCCAACGGGGUAGCUCGAACGGACGUUUCACCUUCAGCGCUGCCGACAGCGGUCAACAUAGGAUCUGCGUAACACCCCAGAACGUACCGAGCAGUGGCGGUGGCUGGUUGAGCUCAGGUGUACACGGUACCGUCAAGUUCACGCUGGACAUGGCGAUUGGCGAGACGAGCAGAAUCGAGAGCACGGAUAAGGACAAGGUCCAGACGCUCGUGCAGAAAGUCAAGGACUUGAACUCGAGGUUGCAGGACGUAAGGAGGGAACAGGUCUUCCAGAGAGAACGCGAAGCCGAAUUCCGCGACCAGUCCGAACACACCAACUCCCGCGUCGUCCGCUGGACACUCAUCCAACUCGUUAUUCUAGGCGUCACAUGUGUCUGGCAACUAUCGCAUUUGCGAGCUUUCUUCAUUAAGCAGAAGCUUACCUAGAAUCGUCGUUGGUCAUACACAACAUGUUUUGUUUCCGGCGGGCGCGCGAAGAUAUGACAGGAGAUAGGGAAGAAAAGGCAUACUUUACCUGGUUCGGUGAAACGCUCUUGUACUUGAGCUGUAGGAUAUGGCGUUGCAAUAACGGAUUGGCGGGGUCAGCGUUUUUGAAUUCGAAUGAAGCAUGGCAUUACGCUGAGUGUAUCUCCAGAUAUGUGCGAUUGCGUCCUGUGUCCUGGUCGUGUAUCUGAGCGGAUGCUUGAUUCAAACCUUUAGAUUCGGGAGUGCUGGGGAAAUUGAUUCAGCACUGACAGGUUUACCAUACCGGCAAAAUAUUGACACCCGACUGUUCUUUC